AUGCACUUGUAUCCUGGUUAUCCAGCGCCAAUGUUUCAGUCAAGAUCUGAUAAAUUAUGGACAGUUGGUCGUUAUUCAUGGGAUGAUGAUUAUCAUGAUGAAAGACAAUCAGAGCACUCUGACAAAAAGAAAAUAUCAUAUAGGAAUUCAUCACUGACUCAUAAUCAUAAUGAUAAUACUAGUAAUAAUAAUGUAGAAUUAUUCUCUCAAUCAUGGAUUGAAAUGUUAACAUUGAUAUCGAAUGCUGAGCUAGAUGUUAUUGAAGUACUGAUUGAACUUGUUAUGGAACCAUAUUUUAUUAGUCCUAACUUAGAUAAUAAAUUUCUAUUGAUUUCUGCCCAAUCAUCGUCAUCAUUAAUAACAGCAAAUACACCAGCAGUGUGUCACACAGAACCUUGUUUAACUAGCGAUUUAAUUGAAUUAAUUGCACAAUGUUUGACUGGAUUCGCAGUGGAACAAGCUCAUUUAUGUGUAGAAGUUGUGCCGCCCGUGACUAGAAUUCGUAUUGAUCAAAGUUUAACUAGUCAGUCAAUUGAUAUGAGACAAAGAGCUUGUGAUUUACUAUUAUCGUUAUGGCAUUCUAUCGAUGAUCGAUCAAAAGUGAAUUAUAUUCACAUAUUUCUACCGAAUGUCAUCAAUAUGGCUACACUGCCACUUCCACGAAUACGCGAAAAUUGUGUUGAUUGUAUAUUGAAUGCAUUGACUAUUCAUGCACCUACCGUGGAAAAUGUUUUUGUUAGUGAAAUCGAUCGUGUUGUCCAGUGGGCUGGUACAGAUUUUGCUGCAGAUAUUCGUAAUCUUUUACAAGACGAAUUUUCUAAAAAACGCAAACCAUUACCACAACCGCCUCGUCGUUCACAUGGAACGGAGGAUUUUGAUCAUAAACAACAACGAGUGAUUAGUGAUUUUAGUAAACAAAUCGAUUGCCUACUUCAUUAUGGUAAAUUUAUUAAUCGUCCAUCACAAAUGAAUGAAAUGUUGGCGUUUUGCAACCUAAGAAAAUUCUACGAAUCUAUCAAUCGUAAAGAUAUGAUUUUGCGUUAUUUAUAUCGACUGGAUCGAUUGCAUGCAGCAUAUUCUAACCAAACAGAAAGAGGUUAUACUUUGGAACUGAUUAGUGAAAAUUAUUCGUGGGAUGAAACCAGUGUUGAUGUGGAUGACGUAUCACCCCAUUAUGUACAAUAUGGAAAAAGUUCAUCACGAGAAUUACGUGAACGUUUAUUGCUUGAUAGUUUUGAAUAUUUAAAACAAGGUACCGAUUGGGAGCAUGCAAUAGAUAUAUCGAAUAAAUUAAUACAUUUAUAUCGUGAUAUUAUGCCAAAUUAUGAACGUCUAAGUGAAAUAUUGAAAGAACAAGCUAACUUGUAUAGAACUAUUGUUACAAAUGAACAUUCACGUUUACCAUUUCGUUAUUAUUUAAUUGAAUUUUAUGAACCAACAACAUCAGCUUUAAUGAUGAUAACAAAUCGUAAAUUAAUCUACCGUACAACAUCAGAUUUAGGUGAUGUAUUAAAUAUGCUAACGGAACAAUUUCCUGAUGCAAAAAUAUUAAACCAACCAUUAACAACUACAAAUCAAUCAACAUUGAAUACAUUUUGUAUAUUUGCUAGUGGGAAUUUAGAACCGGAACCUGAAAUACCGGAACAUUUGAAUUCACGUAUUGUUGACACUAAAAUUAAGAAUUACUAUUCCAAAAAUCGUGUGAAAUACUUUUUGAGGCAUAGACCGUUACAACCUACUGAGAAAAAAGAUGGUCGUCUUGUCACUAAUACAGAAGAAACUCGUUAUUGUAUUGCAGAGCCGAUGCCAAAUAUCAUUCCUAUUAUGCCAGUAGAUAGAGUGGAAAUUCGUAUGUUAAGUCAAACAGAGUGGGCUAAUAAACAAAUUCAAGGGAUUAUACAAGCAUUGCAUGCUGACUUAAUCUCAGCCAAAUCACAAGACGCUAAUUUAUCUCAAUAUAUUGGUAAACUUGUCUCAUCUAUUCAGUCACCUGUUAGUGGCGGUGUGCCAAAAUUAGUGAAAGACGUUGAGCUAUCCGAUGAUCCACGACAAGAAAAAUGUUUCUCUCAAUUGGCUGACAGUGUUUUAGAAUUAUUGGAAUUACAAUUAACAUUUCUGAAAUUUUGGUAUGUAAACGAUCCACCACCACCGCCUCCAGCAUCUCAUCGUCUAGCUGCUAUGUAUAAUGCUGAUAUGAUUGGUAAUGUAACCAGUUCUACUGUUGGAGGAAUUACAGGUAGUGGUAACUAUCUUUUGUAUGAAAUGAUCGGUUACUAUGAAGUACUGGUUCGUGAUAUGAGUAGAAAAUUUGGCUUUUCUGUUGACCAUUUAAAUGCAGAUCACCUUCGUUAUGGUCCAAUAUCUACAGAUCGUCAAAAUAAUAUUAUUAAUUCUACUAGUAAUGUUAAUACUAAUUUAUUAUCACCACUUCGUCGUAAUUCACGUUCAUCACAAAACAUUGUGAAUACUGGUGUUGCGACAAUUGCUCAAUCAACUGUCCCAAGAAUUUUCUCGAAACCUGAUCAUUCUGGAUCUGAUCAUGGAUCGUCGAUUCGUUCGUUGCAGAGAACUUUUCAAACGAUUGGGAGUGGACGUACCCCUCUAGAAUCGAUAACGUAUUCAUCACCAAUAAAUAGAUCCAACUCUUCCUUCAAUAUAUUAUCUUCAGAUCCCCCAGCAUUACCGGAUCGUCCAGUAUUAACAAAACCAACUCAAACGAUAAAUGUUUCUAGUGGUCGACCAACAACAUUAAACACUACCAACAAUAGUAUUACCCCUAUCACUAGUUCCAUUAGUACUGUUGGUGAUCAUGAUAAUCCUGGUAGUCCACGCGGAAAAAUCAUUACAACACCGAAUGAUGAUUCUCACACUACUCAACAUCAAAAUAAUAGUAAUAGCGUUGAUUAUAACGCAGAUAACAGCAAAAAACAAAUACACAAUCCAAUUGUAACUUCAAGAUUUGAAUCUAAUCUCAAUACAAUAAGAAAUAGAUCACGUCCACUGCCUCCACUUCCACCUACACCGAUUCGAUCAUCGUCGAUUACACGAACGGAGAAUUCAAUCACUCAUCAUCAUCAAGUGAAACAAAUCAAUCCUAUAAGUAAUAGUAUAAAUGGAAUUAUACUUAGUGGUAAUGAAACAGCUCCUCCGUUACCUGAGCGGAAAACUAAAACAUCUGGUAGUGUAGCGACUACACCAGUGACACCGACUCCAGGACGACAAACUCACGGUGUUGAUGAUUCUUCAUCCUUUGAUUUCUCUUGA